GAAAUUUCCAGAUUUUAGUCUAUGAUUAAGUUGUAGCUGUAGUCUAUAGCUUAACGCAUUUUAAAGUAUGACAGGCAAGGAGUGAAUUUUAUUUCUGUUAUAUUUUUUUCGUAUUGCUGUAUUGAUGUCUGUUUGAAUUUUGGUUGACAAUUAGGUCUGGGUUUGGGUUGACAAUAAUUUAGAUCUAGUGAAGGAAAAAAAUAUAUAUUUCGCCCAAAUCUUAAUUGCCUAAUGUAGUUUUUUAAUGUUCAUACUGUUUAUUGUUCAUCUAUUAAUAACAGCGGAACAGUAAUACUUCAUAGCGUGCCACAGCUAGAUAACAUCUUGAGGUUUUCUGUGGUUCCUUUCACCUGCUGACCUGUGAAUAAUUUUUUUUUUUCUGUUUGUUAAUGCAGUAAUGUGUUCUUAAUUUUCACAUGAUGAUGAAUAAAUCUUACUUAUUUACUUGUACUACUAUCUCUCUCUCUUAUCAAUAGUGUAUUUACGAAUACAAUAAUAGGCUAACUGCUAAAAAUUUAAAGUAAUUUUACUCUAUUUUUUUUAUUCAAAUUCACUUUAUCUCUUAAAAAAUAUAGAAUUGGUAAACAUGUUGUCAAGUACAAAUGGUGCUGUUGAUCACAGUGUAAAAGGUUCAGUUUCAACCAUGAAUGACAAUUCGGAAUUAUUGGAACUUGGAGGUUAUGACUAUGAAUUUGUUCCAAGUCUCGACAACAAACACAUGUGUCCAAUUUGUUUCAAUGCUCUACGAGAGCCUGUACAAACAGAGUGUGGACACAGAUUCUGUCAUACUUGUAUACUACGAUCAGUAGCGCGUUUUAAAAAGUGCCCAGUUGACAAUGUCCCUCUGCUGCCAAGUCAAUUAUUCCAAGACAAAUGUGCACUGAGAGAAGUUUUAGAUUUGAGGGCAAAAUGUAACAAUAAGGGAUGUGACCAUGUUUGCGAACUUCGUUUAAUGGAGACUCAACAUAAAGAAAUUUGUGUGAUGCGAAAAUAUCCAUGCAAAAAUAAUUGCGGGUUAAGUUUAUUAAAGCAAGAUGCGAUUUAUCAUGAAGAGAACCAGUGUCCAAGAAGGCCAGUUACUUGUGAUGUUUGCGGACAGACUUACCCAUUGGCCACUGAAGAGGCUCACAGAGAAGACUGUAAACAACAUCUGCCUGUUAAUUGUCCUCACUGUUCACACGAGCUCAAACAAUACAAGUUACAAUAUCAUAUCACAACAGAAUGUAUGAAGGCACCGAUAAAAUGUGUUUUUUCAAAAGUUGGCUGCGAAAGAGAGCUUCCUCGUCACGAUAUUCAGCAACACAUGGAGAAAUCGACUCAAAUUCAUCUUCAAUAUUUACUCAACAAUAUUUCCAGCAUAACUAAGGAUGGUGCGGAAUUGUCAGCAAUGUUAAAAUCAUUAACUUCAAGAAUUACAAGACUGGAAAAAGAUGAUUACCCAUAUGAUACAAAUGACAGCCAUAUUGAGAUAUACGGAAGAGAUGAUGAUGGUGUAUCUAAUGGACCUGGCAAUAUGCCUGGCCUACGAUCUCGAGUUCCUCACCAGAGUUCACCCCGAGAUGCAGAUGAAGUUGAUGAAAUAGCUUUAAUAAAAGAAUUCAACCAUAUGAUGGAGAAUAACCAUUCUGCAGUGUCAGAAGCAGGGCCUUCUCAUGUGCCACUUCGAAGCGAAUCAUUAUUACGAGAAGAAUCAAUGAUUGGAAAAGACGCAGAAAAAAAAAUAAUAAGUCUUGACCAUCAUGUCCGAGAAUUAAAAGCAAAAAUGGACACACAAAUAACAAGUGUUAAAGAACUAACUUCAAAAAUGACUUACAUGGAGCAAAGAUUACAGCAGCAAGAAUUGAGAUUAUGCAAUGGAUUAUAUUAUUGGAAAAUUAAGGAUUAUAGUAGACUCAGAGCAGCAGCUGCAGCUGGAGAAGUCACUGUAUUACACAGUCCUGGUUUUUACACAAGUCCUCACGGAUAUCGUAUCUGUGUUCGAGUUAAUCUUGAUGGUGUAGAGACAGCACAAGGAACUCAUCUAUCUUUAUUUGUUCAUUUAAUGAAAGGAGAUAAUGAUGAUCUUUUAUCAUGGCCAUUUUCAGGGGUGAUAACUUUGACUGUUAUGAAUCAGAUGGAUCGACCGCAAGACCGUUCUCAUAUAUCAGAAACAUUACAAGCAAAGACCAACUUAAUGGCGUUCCAACGUCCUGUCAGUGAACGAAACCAAAAAGGAUAUGGAUAUAUUGACUUUUUUCCACUCAAAAUGAUCGAAAGUGAGGGAUUUAUUAAAAACGAUACUCUUAUUAUCAAGGCACAAGUUAGAGUUGAUGCCCCAAUUUCCAACUAACAUGAAUUUUUUUUUUUCGCGCCCAUUUUUUUUAAAAUCCUAAAUCUUUCAAUGUAUAAACUUGUAUUUUUACCUUAUUAUUUUGCAUUAUUAUGAUAAGCCAGAAAUUAUUCUAAUUAAUGUUUGUUUUAAAGUAUAAAAAUUUAGCAAAAGUUGUAAAAAUUCAUUGCCACAAGAGCUUUUUUUGUAACUCUAGGUCGUUUUUAUAUCUCACAGCUGUUGCACAUACAGUGGUUUAAUUCCUCAAGAUAUUGCUAUUUUCUAUUCAAAAAAGCUUGAUGCUUUAAAGACAAAUCAUCCUAUUCUCACAGUAGGUAUAAUACACAUUACCCUGAAGGUUCAUGCAAGCCAUGUAUUUCCGUUAUAUGCUACAAUUAUAUUCAGGGACAAUUUUUGGUACUCCUGAGUCCUGUAGUAUGUAAACCAAGACACUGGAACAUAGUGUGUGUACCAGGUUAGGGUUCGGCCAUAAUUUUUAUUCAAAUUUCCCUUAUUUUAGUUCUAUUACGAGUUCGGGGACUAGCCAAGUGACUCCCGUAGUAUUUGUUCCUGAAAUGAUGGCCUAAUCCAAACCUGGUACACAUACUACGUUCCGGUGUCCGCCAUCUAGGUUCAAAUACUACAGGACACGGGAGUACCCAGUUUUGUUAACCCAAAACUAGAAUCUUAAAAAUUUGUCAACAUUUUUUGAAUACCUUUGAGCUUUUUCCACCUUCGAAACCAAUUAAUAAAGGUAAAUUUUUUUUUUCUUCAUAAUAAUAAUGUUGAAUAGCAUUCUGGAACUAACAUGCCGAUUGAAAAAGGUAUUACAAAGCGCCUGAUAAUCAUAUCUGCUUAUAUUUAUCCAGAUGAAUCCACAAAUAUAAAUAUUUCACUGUCAUUUUACUUAUAAAUUGCUUAUAUGUUUUUCCGUCUUCAGCUACAGUGUUGUACUAACAUUGCAUAGCUUCAAUUUUUUUAAUUUAAAAAAAAAUUAGAGCUAAAAAAAUCUUGUCACUCACCAGACUCUCUUCAUCUCUUAGCAAGAGCAAUUAUAUUAAAAGCUAGCACUAAAAUAAUCUCUGUUCUCGAUUUUAGUCUUAUGAGGAAUCGAAAUAGAUUUUGCUGUGAUAUAUGAUAGCCAAACUGUGUUAUGACACCCAUAUCAUGAAAGCCUGUUGCACAUCGUGAUUCACCAGCAACCUGGAAUUUAAUAACACCUCUAACUAGUUAUUAUGAAAUCGAAAGUAGUUCACAUUCUGCAAAAAGCAUCUCUAUGGCAGGGUUUCCCAAACCGGGGUUUUGUGAUGACUUCACGAGGUCUCAAUCAUAUGAAAAGAGUCUAUCGACCUUUAAUGAUUAAUUUCAAUCAAAUAUCCAUUGCUUACAGAAAAGGCAAUUAAAAUUUAAUGCCCCUUGAAACAACCUACAUGUUUGACGCAGCAUUUUCAGCUCUUGCAGAUAUGAUGAAAAAAUUCAUGCGGUACUUGCGGACCUACGAGUUCGCUUGUCACAAAUUUCUCAGAGAAGUAAUAAAUUGUGCAGUGAAAAGAAACCUCAUUCAUCACAUUAAUGUCGUUUGUGUUGAUGAAACAUUAACCUUUCUCAUUAGUUACGCAUAGAAAACGAUACAGCAUAAGAUGGGGUAAGAUUCAUGAAUAGGGGUUCGCAGUUCAAAAAAGUUUAGGAAGCCCUGCUCUAAACUAUAUGAGGUGCCAUAUCCCGUAUAUGCUUGUUAUGGAAUCUCCAGCAAGUCUGUAAAGUUCUUAAGAAUAAUUAGGCAAUGAAAAUGUUUUCCUGGUUGUCUAGGCGUUCAAUACUCUCUGCAUUACCGCUUGCUUAGUAAUUCUUCUCCUUUCACCAUUCGGUGUAAAAUCUUCUGAGCAACUUAUAUAUAUAUGUGUGGUAGGUCUUGUUCUUUUUUGUUUGUCUUAGUGCAAUAACCACAGAAAAUUGUA